AUGCCUUCCCGACAUUCCUACGAAAGACUUUCACACUUGGCCCCUCUUUCCGAGAUCAUCGAGCUCGAACCAGAGGAAGAGCCAUGGUGCGCCGGCUACGCCCCCUCACAGGGUCGUCGCUGUCACGCCCGCACAAAUGCACGAGGCCGCAGAUCAGCAAUAGCCCUUCUUAAUGAGGGCACCAAAGACAUCCUAGCCGGUCGCAGCAUAGAUGAACUGCUGGAAGACUUGGCUCCCCAUGUCCUGUGCACAAGGUGGCAUCAAAGCCAAGCCUCAACUCUCGCCUCUCGCUGGAAGAGACAAGUCCGCACAUAUCUUGAUUCGCAGCCCACUUCCAGAUCAUUUGCAAGGCCAGUCAGGCCCUCAACUCGACAUCUAUCUCGAGAGACAUUCGAAGCAAGCACGGAGGAUAGAGCUCUUCGUCUCCGCCAAAGACUUCGUGCCCUCGAAGAAGAACUCAGGCAACUUGAGGCCGCUGAAAACAACCUCCCGUCAACUCCAAGUCCUCGUGCACGCCGUAGGGGCACAGACUCAAGCGCAGUCAUUCCUAGCAGCACGAGGCAUACGUCAAGCAGAAAUACCUCGCCGGAGAGCGUUGUCGAUAGACCAGUGGAGAGACGCAUCACGGAAUCCACCAAUCAAUUAGCAGUCACUGUGCAAGUAGCAGUCACUGUGCCUCGACCAACGCAAGUCCAAGUCGUUUCUCCCACACAGGAAGCUCCUGUUUCAAGCCCAGAACCGGCUACCCCACCAGCUGUAGAUACCGCCUCCAGCAGCAACGAAGAGUCCAGCAGCGAUGAGGAUCAACAGAGACGGGUUGAACAUUCACACGCUCAUCGCCGAGACAUUGAUGGAGACUGCGGGAUCUGUCUGUGCGAUUUACGUACUUCAGAACAAGACGCGGAGGCGGAUGGAGAGGACACCGAGGAUACUGGCGAUGAUGACUCCGAUGAGGAUGAAUCUGACUCCGAUGAAGAUGAUGACUCUGAUGACGAUGAUUCCGAUGACAAUGACUCCGAUGACGAGAACUCCGAUGGCGAUAGCUCAGAUGACGAUAACCCCGAUGACGAUAACUCAGAUGACGGUGACCUCGAUGACGAUGAUGAUGAUGAUCAAGGUGGCGAUGACUCCAAUCAGCAAAUCAAAGUUGAAGCUGAGAGCUUCCGUCCAAAUAAAGCAUUGGUUUGGUGCAAGGCAGUCUGUGGAGUCAACUUCCAUGAAAAGUGCAUCGAACAAUGGCUGAGAACAGCGAAUGCACCUACAUGCCCAACAUGUAGGAGUGAUUGGAAACACUAA